CGAACUGGCUUAAGUCAGUGGCUGCGCCGGGAGCGAACUUUUUUCCAGCACUGCGAGGCUGGAAGUGCCUGGGGGUGGGGGAAGCCCGGGCACCUGCGGUCAGCACCCGGCGGGAGGAGGCGCCGCGCCUGCUGUCCGGCCCGGGACAAGGCGACCGGGACCGAAGACGCUCGGAACGCGGGAGUCGCAGGUCCAGGGAGCGCCUCUCCCGAGCGCCCGCCAGCCUUCCCGCACCCGCCUCUGCGCGACUGGGACGUCGUUGGGGGUGUGUGCGCGUUCCGGGGUUCCCGUCGGGUGCUCCACCCGCGGCCACCCCGCUGAGCGCGCCCGCGUCCCCAGCUCCACCAGUCCAGAAGCCGCUGUGGUCAUGGUGACGGAAGGUGCCACCCCGCAGGACGACGAUGGCACUUCGUCGCAGGAGUCCGCGCUCCACCCCAGCGCCUCCGACCACCCCGGCGUCUCCACGGACCCCAGCGCCUCCGACCUCCGCAGCGUCACCCUCCACUCCAGCGACUCGGCGCACCGGGGCAGUUCGGCCCAGUCCAGUGCCUCGGCUCAGCCGCUGGGCCUGGUCCCUACCCCCAGCAGCCCCGAGAACCUCAGCGUGAUCAAGGUGAGCAAGCGCCGCUGGGUGGUGGUCUUGUUGUUCAGCUGCUACUCCAUGUGCAACGCCUUCCAGUGGAUCCAGUACAGCUCCAUCAGCAACAUCUUCAUGCGCUUCUACGGCGUCAGCGCCUUUGCCAUCGACUGGCUGUCCAUGUGCUACAUGCUGACCUACAUCCCGCUGCUCCUGCCCGUGGCCUGGCUGCUGGAGAAGUUUGGCCUGCGCACCAUCGCGCUCACCGGCUCGGCGCUCAACUGCCUGGGCGCCUGGGUGAAGUUGGGCAGCCUGAAGCCCCAUCUCUUCCCCGUCACCGUGCUGGGCCAGAUCAUCUGCUCCGUGGCUCAGGUCUUCAUCCUGGGCAUGCCCUCCCGCCUCGCUUCCGUCUGGUUCGGGGCCAAUGAGGUCUCCACGGCGUGCUCCGUGGCUGUCUUUGGCAAUCAGCUUGGAAUUGCGAUUGGGUUUUUGGUCCCUCCUAUUCUGGUGCCCAAUAUCGAUGACCAAGAACAACUUGCCUACCACAUCAGCAUCAUGUUCUACAUAAUAGGAGGUGUGGCCACUCUGCUUUUCAUCCUUGUCAUCAUCGUGUUCAAGGAGAAGCCGAAGCAUCCCCCCAGCAGGGCGCAGUCCAUGAGCUAUGCGUUGGCCUCCCCCGAUGAUUCGUACCUAAGUGCCAUCGUCCGACUCUUCAAAAACCUCAACUUUGUGCUGCUUGUCAUCACCUACGGUCUGAAUACCGGUGUGUUUUAUGCCCUAUCCACUCUGCUGAACCGCGUGGUGAUCGCACACUUCCCGGGGGAAGAAGUGAAUGCUGGGAGAAUCGGCCUGACCAUCAUCAUUGCAGGGAUGUUUGGUGCCAUGAUUGCAGGACUAUGGCUGGACAGGUCUAAAACCUACAAGGAGACCACCCUGGCGGUGUAUAUCAUGUCUGUGGUGGGCAUGGUGGUGUACACGCUGACCCUGGACCUGAAACACCUGUGGCUGGUGUUCGUCACUGCUGGCGCCCUGGGCUUCUUCAUGACGGGCUACCUCCCACUGGGGUUUGAGUUUGCCGUGGAGUUGACCUACCCUGAGUCUGAAGGCAUCUCCUCUGGCCUCCUCAACGUGUCUGCCCAGGUAUUCGGGAUCAUUUUCACCAUCUCCCAGGGCCAAAUCAUCGACCACUACGGGACCAUGUCUGGGAACAUCUUCCUGUGUGUGUUCCUCACACUUGGAGCUUUCCUCACUGUCUUCAUUAGGGCAGAUCUCCGGAGGCAGAAAGCGAACAAAGAAACUCCUGAGAGUAAACUCCAGGAGGGUGAGGAGGAGGUGCCGGUGGUGGUGGAGGAGAUGAGCAUCGACAAAGCGCCCAUCGCUGGUUCUGAGGAGCACUUCUGAGGGACGCCGGUGGCUGCAACUCAGGCACACAGAGAACAGCCGCCCCUCCGAUCAGGGCCCCCUCGCUGCCCGUGCUGGAAUAUUUGUGGCCUGCAGGGUGGUGUCUCU